AUGGCGGACACAUCCAGCUCGCAGUCACAGAACGCGGACCCAGCAGCGCAAUUGCCUAUUCUUGCUGCUGCGCCGCCGACCUCUGCCCCUUCCAAUGUCGUUCCUCAACUUUCAUCUCCCGCUCCAAUCCUCAGACCCGCCAUUCCUGGAGGCCGCUCGGCUGGCCGUCCGCCGAGGCUCGGUAUUUCUAUUCCUGCCUCUCCUAAUGUGAAGCCUGUUGGCAACCAGCAACAAGUCCAGCCGGCUCCUUCAAGACCACCGCUUCCAACCUUACAUCUGGCCACGCCUAUGGGCACGCGAGUAACACCGUAUGAGCAGCCGCCCGGAUCGCAGGGAAUCCAACCUGGCCAGUCUGCCGACGGCGGCAGCGAAAGCAGCGCAGCUCACUCGAGGUCAGGCAGCUUUGGCCCUUUAGACGGCAGGGCAAGUAACCCUACGUCGGCAGGAUCUCAAUUUUCUGCGCUUUCUUUUGCUUCGCAGUAUGGCAUUCCCGUGACGAGAGCUCAGGGGACUCCAGAUCCCGUAUCGGCUGUGGGGUCCAUGUAUUCUGAGAGAAGCGAAGGCUGUGUCUCCGUGGAUAGAGAUGGCAGUCAUCAAGAGUCUGGCAUGUUUGCUGGCUGGACUAUGGAGAAGCUCAAAGAAGCUGAUGUUGAGGACCUUGAUGAUGAAGGCUGGAGAAUUGCCAGCAUGAACAACUUGAUUGAGGAGCUCGGUCAUCUUGGUGAAGGCGCCGGGGGUGCUGUUACCAGGUGCAGGCUGAAAGAACGCAAGACUGUGUUUGCGCUCAAAGUCAUUACUACAAACCCGGACCCUGAUGUCAAGAAGCAGAUUGUACGAGAGCUGGGCUUCAACAAGGAUUGCGCAUCAGAGCAUAUCUGUCGUUAUUACGGUGCGUUUGUCGACCCAUCCACGGCCACCAUCUCCAUUGCUAUGGAGUUCUGUGAAGGCGGGUCACUGGACAGCAUUUAUAAAGAGGUCAAACUACAAGACGGCCGAACAGGAGAGAAGGUUCUGGGAAAGAUCGCCGAGGGUGUAUUGUUGGGGCUCACUUACCUGCACACUCGACGGAUCAUCCAUCGAGACAUUAAACCAUCAAAUAUCCUCUUGUGUCGAGAUGGAGCAGUGAAGCUGUGUGACUUUGGAGUUUCUGGCGAUUUUGGAACCAAGGGAGAGGCCAACACCUUCAUCGGCACCAGUUAUUACAUGGCACCUGAACGCAUCACAGGCCAGUCAUACACAAUUACAUCAGACGUGUGGUCUACGGGCGUAACAUUGCUCGAAGUUGCUCAAAAUCGCUUCCCAUUCCCGGCCGACGGGACUGAGUCGCAGCCGAGAGCAGGAUUAAUCGAUCUGCUGACAUACAUCGUCCGGCAACCAGUGCCGAAGCUCAGGGAUGAGCCUGACGUGAACGUGUACUGGAGCGACAAUUUCAAGUAUUUCAUCGAGUGCUGCCUAGAGAAGCGACCCGAUCGCCGAGCUAGCCCGUGGAAGAUGCUCGAGCACCCCUGGAUGCUCGACAUGCGCCCUAAGCGAGUUAACAUGGUUAAAUAUCUAUCCUCUGUAUGGAAAUGGGAAAAGCAACAGUCAACGCCAUAA